AAACCAAGUGAAUCCAACAAUAGGAAGUCCUUCGUCCUCCAUCUCCGCUGAGCCCCGGCAUGAAAAAUUGCAUCUUUUUUCCUGCCUCAACUUCAAAUCACAUUAGAUGAUAAUAAGCCGAAGAACAUCAAAAACUUUGCUUCCGCAUCUGAACCAACUCCUUCGUCCCAUCCACUCUCUUCCUAACCCAAAUCCCAUUCUAUCAGAUUACUACAACGCAUACCUCUCUCUCCUCCAAUCAUUUGUCUCCCGGAAGGCCAUCGGCCCUGGCAAGCAGCUGCACGCUCGUCUGCUACUCUCUAACCUUGGCUUUGACACAGUUCUUGCCACUAAGCUUGUUAAUCUAUACUCCGACUGCAAUCAUCUACCAUACGCCCAAAACCUGUUCGAUAGAAUUCCCAAAAGAAAUGUCUUCCUCUGGAACAUCCUUAUUCGCGGCUACGCAUGGAACGGCCCUUUUGAAUCUGCUAUCUCGCUCUACCACCAAAUGCUGGAACAUGGGCUUCUGCCUGAUAACUUCACCUUCCCCUUCGUCCUCAAGGCCUGCUCAGCCCUCUCUGACAUUGAUAAUGGUAGGGAAAUUCACAAGCUUGCAGUGCUCACAAGAUGGGAGUUGGAUGUUUUUGUGGCUGCUGGGCUUAUUGACAUGUAUUCGAAGUGCAGUUCCGUGGAAGAUGCACGGAGGCUGUUUGAUAGAAUGUCUAAGAGAGAUGUCGUCCUGUGGAACUCCAUGAUUGCCGCGUACUCCCUGAAUGGGCAUCCCUCAGAAGCUCUGUCUCUAUUUCGUAACAUGGCUUUAGAAGGUCUCAAACCUUCAGUGGCGACUCUUGUGACUGUGAUCUCAGCUUCAGCCGACGCAGCUGCUUUACCAAGAGGGAGGGAAAUCCAUGGCUUCAGUUGGAGGAUGGGGUUUUCAUCAGCAGACAAGGUAAAGACUGCUCUCCUGGAUAUGUAUGCAAAGUGUGGCUGGGUUCGGCUCGCCCGUGUUCUAUUCGAGCAACUUUUGGAAAAAAGGGUUGUUUCUUGGAAUGCAAUGAUUUCUGGAUAUGCCAUGCAUGGCCAUGCAGAUGAGGCUCUCACAUUGUUUGAGAAGAUGAGAAAAGAAGCUAUUUUGCUUCCGGAUAACAUUACAUUUGUUGGAGUCUUAUCAGCUUGCAGUCAUGCUGGCCUGUUGCUGGAGGGAAGAAGAUUCUUUGAUUCCAUGCUGCACGACUUCUCAAUUAAGCCAACUGUGCAGCAUUACACUUGCAUGAUUGACCUCCUUGGUCAUGCCGGUAGGUUGGAAGAAGCCAACCAGCUUAUUAGCAAGAUGCCCAUGAAACCAGACUCUGGAGUUUGGGGCGCUUUAUUGAAUGGGUGCAAGAUUCAUGGAGAUGUUGAAUUAGGAGAGAAGGCAUUGAGGAAGCUGAUAGAGUUAGAGCCUGACGAUGCUGGAAACUAUGUCAUCCUUUCUAACAUCUACUGCCAGGCUAGGAAUUGGGAAGAAGCAGCCAGGAUAAGGAAGAGAAUGACAGAAAGAGGAUUGAAGAAGGCAAUUGCUUGUAGCUGGAUAGAGAUCAGGAACAAGCAUCAUGCUUUUCUUGUUGGGGAUCUAUCUCAUCCUCAAUCCAAAGAGAUAUAUGGGGAGCUGGAAAGAUUGGAGGGGCUCAUGCAACAGGCAGGCUAUGUGCCAGAUACCAUGCCGGUGUUCCAUAAUGUGAGUGAUGAUGAGAAGAGGAACAUGGUUAGAAGCCAUAGUGAGAGGCUGGCUAUUGCAUUUGGGCUAAUUAGCACUCCUCCUGAUACAGUGCUUAUGGUUAAGAAGAACAUUCGAGUCUGUGAGGACUGUCACAUUGCUAUAAAGUUCAUAUCACAGAUUGUGAAUCGGGAGAUCAUAAUAAGAGAUGUCAAUCGUUAUCAUCACUUCAAAGGUGGCCAUUGCUCCUGCCAUGAUUAUUGGUAGCUUGAUUGGCUAAUGGGCCAUUGUUCCUGGCUUCCUGCAAAUGUUUGUCAACUUAAUUUUGAGACCAACGGAUGAUUGACAUAGAUAUGUGGCAUCGCCGAAGCAUGGAUUGGGAUCUAUGUACAUUCGGGUCUGCACUACUGCUGAGCUGCACCAUGCACUCAGAUGGGUGAGCCGCACACUGAAGGGUUUGGGUUAACCAUGGCGCGUGUCAUGCAGUGCACUGGCCACCGCUGCAAACUCAACUUCCCUUCGUUCGUUGAGCUUGCUUUAUUCAUACUGUAUUCAUUACACAAGAAGCAAAUAACAUGGAAAUUGUGAUGCUUGAGCUUGUGAUAAAGACUAUCCAGGUCGAUACUCAAAUGUUUCGGCAAGAACAUGCUCAUGAUCCUUGUUCACUUUACAGAAGUUGAUGUUGUUGCAGGAAUGAUGCCUCCAAAUAUAAUUGUGGAGUAUCCCGAUGUUUGGGAAAUGGGUAAGAUGACAUAUCGUGAACUAUAACUCAUCUCUUCUUCGAAACGCCAAAAGUCCUCUCAAUUGAACAUUUUUUUUCCUAUCUUGUGUGACAUUGCUGGCUCACUUAAAGUCAAAUAUGUGUUAUCUUGUAUCAAAAUAGGGUUUGAGAUACUCUCGUUGCAACAAAUAUCAAAC